AUGUCUGGUCAACGUGUAAACGGGAAAAACAGGAGGUCUAGAACGACGGUCAUAAUAAGUCACUCAAUGACAAAGCACAUUGAUGUUCAGCGACUGGAAAGAUCUGUCCGAGGCUCUAAAGUUCGAUUUGAAACCUACAGUGGUACAAAUGUAGAAGCAAUCAGUCACCAUGUACAACCAUGCUUAAAGAAAAAACCUGAUGAUCUAAUCAUUCAUGUUGGAACAAAUGAUCUGAAGGCUAAAUCAUCAAGUGAUGUCGCAAACGAGAUAAUAAAUUUAUGUACAGAUAUUUCGGAAACGCAUCCAUCAACAAGAAUUAACAUAUCAGAAAUAAUAACACGGACAGAUAAAAUUGACCUGGUGCCAAAGAUCAGAGAGGUAAGUACAAUUCUCGCAAACUGUUGUAGACAAAGAAACUGGGGAUUAAUUAAACAUAAUAAUAUAGGUGCAAAACACUUAAGUAGUUAAGAGUGUGUCCAUGUAAUAACCAUGCAGAACCCUGCAAGUGGUGAUAAACGUCAACUCACAGAAUUUGCUCAAAUUUGGCACAUAUAUAGAGGAUAUUAAGUAUCUGAUCUGAUAAAAGUUUGAGGUAAAAAUAUUGCACGAUAACGGAAUUAUCCACCCCCCAUGAUUUUGGGUCGUUUUCGGCUUCAAAAAUGCCCUUUGCUAAGUAAUAUUUAGUACAUUAUAAAAUUAUAAAAACACACUAAAAUUAAAUGAUAUUUCGGCUGCUAAACUAAAAGACACCCGACUUUCAUAAUAUGUAAUUGUUUAUGCCAUCCACUAGGGCUGGUUGUCAUGGCAACACCAAAAAUAAGAGACAUUUUUUUCCAUUUUUCGUUAAAUUAUUUUUUGGACCAUUUUGAGAGCAAAUAUCUCCGUUGAACAACUUGAUUGAAGUAUAAUUGACACACAGUCAUUAAAAGCUAUAUAUCCAUACACUUGGUUAAACAGCAACAAAAAUUUGGGGAUAUUUAAUACAUUUCUCAUGGCCAGGCAACAAAUAUACCCUAUGUUAAACAUUUGCAUAAUGUUAAAAAAAAUCAUAACACAGAACAAAGUGCUUAACUGUAAAGUCCGUAUACAAUUACUCAUCAGACAUGCAAAUAAUGUCAUUAAACAACAUUGAAUUAUCUGACAAAAGAAUAAUGAGCAAGUUUUACAAGCAGGAAUAGAAGAAAUUGAAUAAUACAUUAAUGUAUCUUGCACAUGAUAACAGAGGCGAGUAAAAACAAUAUAAAUAUGAUAUUCGUUAUAAAAAUAGAUUUAAAACAUGAAAAACGUAAAACUAAUACUCACAUAGAAGAUUUGUUCUGAUACUCGAAGCAGUGCGAGGGUAGUUUUAUGACCAUUUAUACUACCUAUAUACUACAUGUCUAUAACAGCCUUUCUGAUGUAUUUUGAAAUACAUAAUUUUUAUAUUUACAUAUCUUUGCCAAUGUUUUCCUUUGCUAUUAAACUAAUACUGAUAACUGUGGUUGAAAUAAAAAAGAAAUGGUUAUCUCAAGGCAAGCAAACUACUUUAAAAGAACUGCCAUUUGUUGAAAUGAACAAAUCAAAACAAGGGGCCGCCAUAUUGGAAAAAUAUAUUCCCGGUCAGCGGCUUUCCUCGCGAGUUGUAAACUUCACUUUUUCGUCAAUAUAUAUAGGAAAACAGAAAUGUAGUUUACAAAGAAAGAAAAACGUGCUACCAGGAACACCAAAGGUUGUUAAAUGUUCAAUUGGGCAAAGGCUUGAAACUGAUUGUGGUCUUUGCUCGAGGUACCCUUCUAUGAAGGAGUGUAUGCCAAUAUUAGCAUGUAAAAGAGAUAUACAAGUGCAUCUCCGGCGUUUAAACUUAUGUGGACAAGCAGUAGCAUCAAAAGGCGAUCUUAUUCUAUUAAGAACGGGCAUAUUUGGUAGCAACGGAGAGGGGUUAACAGUAUGUCCACGACACAGAGAGAAUCUUGGUCUUUCAUGGCGCCCAAAACGUGGGUGCUCACACCCUCUUCACGGAUCCUCAAAGGCAAAACCAGAGAGGCGUGUGACAAAGAAAAUGUCAAUGGAAAUUAAUGACAUUUGGGAAAGGCUUGUUUCAGUUGGUUCUGGUAAGUGAUCUUUUCAAUUUGUCGUAAAUUAAUAUAAAUUAUAAUUAUUAAUUUUUGCAGCAUAUAAUUGCACGGGUAAAAUGAAUUCAAAGAAUUGUUGAUAGUUCUCACUAAGUCCAGGAUGGUGCAGCUUGAACGCCAUAACUCAUAAGGAAGUGAGGGAAUCCAACCUGGUUAUAAUUACAUGCAUGAUUGUUAGGACAUGCGAAGUACGAAAAGAAAGAUAGAUUAAAGAAAAAUAUAAAUAGUGUUUAUUUCGGUUACGCUCACAGCAGUCCUUGGGAUUGGCGCUCUAGUGGUAGAGAUUCCAACUACUACGUGCCGUAUGCUCUGGAGUCUGGUUCGAUACGCGGUAAAAACGUAAUUUUUACUAAAGUCUAAAAGAACAUAAUUAUCUCCCUGUGAACUUCCAGUAGUUUACCAAUAGCAACAAGUGCUCGACAUCUAACUUACUAACACCAGCACUCUUACUAACUAAUAUUUUGUGGUCUAAAGACUAAAAGAUAUAUUUUCAACAGUUUAGGAAUAUAGGUUUUAUAAUGAUAUUCGUAAUUAAAUAAUUUUGAUUAAUAAUAAACACCAUAAGAUCUUAUGCAUUCACAUAAUAGGUAUAUGCAGACUAUGCAGAGAAAAGCAUAAAGAAGAAGUUAUAAGAAGGUCGAAGGAUCAACACUGGAUACAGGCGAGGAGGUAACGUGUUUCGAAUAAACAAAUACAGCAGUUUCUUACUUUUACAAAGUAACAUUCAUAUUCAAGACUGGACCUGGUCCAUAGGCAUAGACGGAUUUUCAGGGGGGAGGGAAUAAGUGAUGAUGCGCCGCCAAGCAAGCUGCAGUACGGAUCUGCGACCACAGCCACUAGCAAAUUCAAGCUUAACAAAGCAUUACCAAUAGUUUUACUAUUAAAAGGAAACGAAAUUGUGGUUAUUUUCAUGUUCAGGCAUUUAAAGAAGAAAAAUGGGAAGAAUCUUAUUCAGCAAACACAAUGACUAUGGAUGUGGAAAACUACAAAAAGGUUUCAUUGAUAUAUUUAGAAAUUUAUUAGUGAAUUAUGAUCGAUCAAAAGAACAGUUGGUUUAUCCAUUAACUCAUUUGCAUGCUCUGACGGCUCUGUAUACACUAUAUGAACAUAUCAAAGAUACAUAAACAAUUUCGGAAUCAAUGUUGUUUUAAGUUACAAUUUGGUUUUCAGUCUAACGAUGACUCGGUUAUCAGCCUUGACAGUGGACCAGAAUAUUUCCUUACACCUCAGGAAGGUCACCAACUUGUUUCUGUAAACAACUUGAUCAGAAGCGUUCAUGGACGAGAUGUGAGUCCUAUCAGAGCACAACUCCGUUCCACAAUUAGAGACGUCUCGCAAAGUACCGCUCGAUAUUACAAAAGGAAAUCAUUACAAACUUGUAUUGCUACCUUAGAAUGCAUCGCACCGAGUCAGUCUAAUGAACUCUUUGAGAAAAUUUCCAGCGAGAAAUUUGAACGAAAUACAGUUGCUCCCGAGAAUGAAGUUGUCCAGAGCUUGUAA